AUGGCAUCAUUCUCCGAGGCACCUUACGCCGAUCCUCCUUGGAUCACGCGCAAUAUCAGCGCAUAUUACAAUGACAGCCAUCGACGACUGCAGCGCGAAGCACGACAAUACGUGUCAACGACCAUCGCGCCCUUCCACGAAGAAUGGGAGCGCAGAGGCAGCGUGCCUCGAGAUGUCAUCCUCAACCACGCCAGGCUCGGAUACAUGGCUGUGUCAGUGUAUCCGCUUGCCGUUGAGCAGAUCAAGGCAUGCAAGCAGAGGUUGCCAGGAGACAUUGCGCCGGAAGAUUGGGAUGGGUUCCACGAUUUGAUUGUCAUUGACGAAAUGGCUAGGUGCGGCUACCUGGGCGUGAUAUGGGCGUUGAGUUGUGGUAAUUCCAUUGGUGCGCCACCUCUCGUCAAUUUCGGGACCGAUGAACAGAAGAACAGGUUUUUGCCUGAUGUCCUCUCGGCCAAAACACGCUUCUGUCUAGGAGUUACGGAGCCUGACGCCGGCUCGGAUGUGGCCGGGAUCACCACCACAGCAGAACGUCGAGGAGACAUAUACUUAGUCAAUGGUGCAAAGAAGUGGAUCACAAAUGCGCUGUUUGCCGACUAUUGCACCGCUGCUGUUCGUACGGGAGGGCCAGGCCGUAAUGGCAUUUCAGCCCUGAUAAUUCCUCUCAAAGCUAAAGGCGUCACCUGCAGGAAGAUCGAAAAUUCCGGCGUCAGCGCCAGUGGUUCGACACAUAUCGAAUUUGACGACGUUGAAGUCCCGGUAACGAAUCUUCUCGGACAAGAAAAUCGAGGCUUUGAAAUCAUCAUGUCCAAUUUCAAUCAUGAGCGGCUUUGGUUGGCUUGUACAUCGCUGCGACUGGCGCGCGUGUGUGUCCAAGAUGCGUAUGAGUAUGCCAUCAGGAGAGAAACAUUCGGGAAGCCCCUGAUGGCCAACCAAAUUAUCUCUGCCAAGUUUGCAGGCUUUGCUCGUGAGAUUGAGCCUGUUCAUGCAUACAUGGAGUCAUUGGUGUACAUGACUGAGCAGGAGCGGAAGCGAAAGCUUCACACUAUCGCGCCACAUCCAGGAAUCGGACAACACCAGGUUGAUCUCAAUAUUGGUGGUAUGAUCGCCACGUUGAAAACAAGCGCUGGUCGAGCUUUGGAACAUGUCAACCGUGAGGCACAGCAGAUAAUGGGCGGCGCCGGGUAUUCGAGGAGUGGGAAGGGGGCAAGAAUAGAGCAGAUCAGUCGUGACGUUCGGGUUAUGGUCGUCGGGGGUGGCAGUGAGGAGAUCCUGAGUGACCUAGCAGUCAAAUUAGAAAUGAAGGAGCUGCAGAGCUUGGGGAAAAAGCGUACGAGUAAUUUGUGA